AUGGCCAAACUAUGCUCUCUUCUCUUUCUUCUCUCACUCUCGCUAAAUUAUUACUCCUUCACUUGUUUAGCUAUGAGUAGAAAGAACAUCACCAGAGAUGAAUCUUCACUUCUUGCGUUCAAAUCCUCCAUUGACCCUUAUCUUAUGUUCAAUACUUGGUCAACCUCAUCUUCCUUAUGCACUUGGGUUGGUGUUACAUGUGAUGAUGAACACCAUGGUAGAGUCCAUGGUUUGGAUCUUAAUAACAUGGGACUUAAAGGUGUUAUUUCCCCACAACUUGGGAAUCUCUCGUUUCUUGUUUACCUUAAUCUUCAAGGCAAUGGUUUCACUGGUGAAUUGCCUCAAUCUUUAUUUCGGUUACAGCGAUUGAAGUUUCUUGAUUUGAGCUGCAAUGAGUUUGUUGGAGGAAUUCCUCCGAUAGGAUUUGGAGAGUUAUCAAAACUUCAAUAUAUGAAUCUUGGUAGUAACAAACUGUCUGGAACCAUACCUCACACCAUUUCCAAGCUGUCUUCACUUGAAGAAAUUUAUUUAGAUAAUAACUCACUCUCGGGAGAAAUUCCAAAAGAGAUGGGUUAUCUUACACAGCUAAAAACAGUGGACCUUGAAUAUAAUCAGCUUUAUGGUAACAUACCAUCAAUGAUGUUCAACAACUCACUGUUGCAACAUUUUAUUCUUGGUAAUAAUAAUCUUUCCGGCAAUCUUCCAUCAAAUAUUUGCAAAGGGCUCCCAAAUCUUAGAACACUUUAUCUUCAUUAUAACAAAUUUUUUGGUGACAUACCAACUGUUUGGCAUCAAUGUGAAAAUUUGGAAGGUUUAUCAUUAUCCUUCAACGGUUUCAACAAAGGACCUAUUCCAGAAGACAUUGGAAACUUGAGCAAACUUCAUUAUUUAUAUCUUAGUAACAACAACUUGGAGGGUUCAAUACCCAAGGAGUUGGGCUAUCUUGAUCAACUUGAUACACUACAAUUGGCAAACAAUAGUUUGAGUGGACAAAUUGCUUUAAAACUCUUGAACAUUUCAUCAUUGAGAUUCUUGUAUCUUGCAAACAAUUUUCUCUCGGGCAUUCUUCCAUUAGACAUGGGACGUGGCUUGCCUAAUUUGGAAAAAAUACAAUUAUCUGGAAACAUGUUUGGAGGAAGCAUUCCAAUUGGCAUAGCCAACGCUUCUAAGCUCACUGAAAUAGACUUUAGGACAAAUGAAUUCAGUGGAAUAAUACCAAAUGUGUUUGGUGGUUUAAAACUCGUUGAAUGUCUCCACUUAUAUGGCAAUCAUAAUUUGAAACUAGAUGAUUCAUUUGGAUUCAACUUCCUCACUUCACUCACAGAUUGUAGACAUCUGAAAUAUUUGUCAAUUUCAUAUACUAGAUUAUCCAAACUUCCCAAGUCAAUUGGAAACUUAACUGUACAAUAUUUUUGGGCAGAUUCUUCCGGAAUUAAUGGUAAUUUUCCAUUGGAGAUCGGAAACAUGAGCAACCUUAUUCGAUUAUCUCUGAUGAUGAAUGAUUUAAAUGGACCAAUUCUACGCACAAUUAGAGGGUUACAUAACCUUCAGUCUUUGAAUCUCGGCUACAGCGGACUACAAGGAUCCAUUGGUGACGAGCUUUGUGAAAUGAGAGGUUUGAGUGAGUUAUAUCUAUCAAACAAUCAGCUUUCUGGAGAGUUGCCAGCAUGUUUGGGAAAUAUAACUUCUCUUAGAAACAUUGACAUAUCAUCUAAUAGUUUGAUCUCUAAGAUACCUUCCUCUUUUUGGAGUCUCAGAGAUCUCUUAGUGGUAAACUUAUCCUCCAAUGCUUUCAGUGGAAAUCUUCCACCGGAGAUUAGUAAAUGGAGAGCAAUUACACUAUUAGAUUUGUCUGGUAAUCAAAUUUCAAGCAACAUUCCUGAAACCAUAGGUUUAAUAAACACUUUGCAGACUCUCUCCUUAGCAAAUAACAAAUUGUACGGGACAAUUCCCACAUCACUUGGCACAAUGCUUAGUUUGGGAUUCUUGGACUUGUCCCAAAAUCUUCUUACUGGUGUGAUUCCAAAAUCUCUAGAGUCACUUUCCCUUCUUAAAAGUAUCAACUUUUCAUACAAUAUGUUACAGGGAGAGAUUCCUGAUGGCGGACAGUUCAAAAAUUUCACAGCUCAAUCUUUCAUGCAUAAUGAAGCGCUUUGUGGUAAUCCUCUCUUACAAGUACCUUCUUGUGAUAAACAUGUUAGGAAAAGGUCGACUGCAAAGAUGUUAUUAAUCAAAUGUAUGUUGCCAAUAAUUGUGUCAGCGAUUUUAGUUGUUGGAUUCAUUAUACUUGUACUGCAUAAAAGGAAAAAGGUUGAAAAUCGGGUUGAAAAAGAUUUAUCAACUAUAGGAGCUCAAAGAAGGUUUUCCUAUUAUGAACUAGUGCAAGCAACUAAUGGAUUCAGUGAGAGUAACUUACUUGGAAAGGGAAGCUUUGGAUCUGUGUAUCAAGGGAUGCUUUCUAGUGGAGAGCUAGUUGCAGUUAAAGUAAUUGAUUUAAACUAUGAAGCAACAUCAAGGAGCUUUGAUGUAGAAUGCAAUGCAAUGCGCAAUCUACGACAUCGAAAUCUAGUUGAAAUUAUUAGUAGCUGUUCAAAUGCGAAUUUCAAAUCCUUGGUGAUGAAGUUUAUGCCAAAUGGAAGUGUGGAAAAAUGGUUAUAUUCAUAUAACUGUUUAGAUUUCUUGCAAAGGUUGAACAUAAUGAUAGAUGUAGCAUCUGCAUUGGAAUAUCUUCAUCAUGGUUCUUCAAUACCAGUGGUUCAUUGUGAUCUGAAACCUAGUAAUGUUUUACUAGACAGACACAUGGUUGCACAUGUUAGUGAUUUCGGCAUUGCCAAACUCUUGGAUGAUGGUCAAUCCGAAAUUCAUACAGAGACUUUAGCUACUCUUGGCUAUGUUGCGCCAGAGUAUGGUUCUAAGGGUUUGGUUUCUGUUAAAGGAGAUGUAUACAGCUUUGGAAUUAUGCUUAUGGAGAUGUUCACAAGAAAGAGACCAACAGAGGAAAUGUUUGCAGCAGAAUUAACAUUGAAAACAUGGAUCAGUGGAUCAAUGCCACAUUCAGUGAUGGAAGUUGUGGAUUCCAAUUUAGUCCAGCAACAUGAAAAAACAAUUCAUGACAUUGUCUUUCAUAUAUCGUCUAUUUUCGCUUUAAGCUUGAGUUGUUGCACGGAUUCACCCGAGGAGCGAAAUAAUAUGACAGAUAUCACUGCAUCAUUGAUCAAAAUCAAGACCUUAUUUCUCCAAGAAAAAGGAAAUGAAGAUGUGAAAAUAUGCUUGUGA